AGCAAAGAAGCAAAACACACAGAUCAGGAGAAGACACGAUUGCUCUGAACUGUGGCGUGUGCAUCUCUGCUUCAGAUAUGAAUCUCUUAACGUCUGUAGUGGUGCUGGGACUGUGCUGCACGGUCAGUGCUCGGACGGUAUCAGGAUCUGAAGAGAAAGGUUUGAUCAGGCCUUUCAUUCUGGAUGCCAUCCAGGAAGCCAAACAACUCGUCGAUGACUCUUAUUUGUACUCUCGUCGAACGAGCCUUGAGAGGGUGCGCAAGAACGAUUUCAUCAAGCCGUCUGAUGUACUGCGUCUGAUGAAGCAGCCGAAACGGAAGGCGCGCGAUGCUGUGAGAGCUGCAGAUUACCUGGAGCAGACGCUGAGGAUCAUCUCAGAGAAAACACACCACGCCCACAAGAGAUCUAUUAAUGCCACAGCGCUGCUGUCUCAUGAAGAACUCAGGACCAUCGAGGAUCUGACUGGCUGUGCCGGGCAAACCCUACCGCCUCCGUGCAGAACGUUGCCGGAUCUGAACAGAUAUCGCACGGCCAACAGCGUCUGCAACAACCAUAUAAAUCCACUUCGAGGUGCUUCAAACACAGCGUUCACCCGCUGGCUGCCUCCUGUUUAUGAAGAUAACGUCUCCCAACCUCGAGGAUGGAACCCAGAAAGGCUCUACAAUGGUGCUGUGCUACCUCUGGUGAGGCUGGUGUCAAACCGCAUUUUCAGCACCCAGGACCAAAAUGUUCAAGGAGACACCGAAUACACACUCUUAAUCACCUUCUUCGGCCAGUGGAAUGACCACGACCUGUCCUUCACCCCCUUUUCUCCCAGCAUCCGGUCCUUUAGCAACGGCAUUAACUGUGAUGAUAGCUGCGAACGAUCCGAGCCAUGCUUCCCCAUCCAGAUUCCUAGAGAUGACCCGCGCCUGCCCUCCGGUCCCAACAGCUGCCUCCCUGUUUUUCGCUCUGCGCCCGCCUGCGGCUCUGGAAACGGCGCGUACAUGUUUGGAGGUGUUCCGCAGUUACGGGAGCAGAUGAACACUCUGACGUCGUACCUGGAUGCAGGCCAGUUGUAUGGCUCUGAAGAGGGGCUCGCUCGAGAACUCCGAGACCUCUCGAACGACGGGGGCCUCAUGCGAAUCAAUGACAGAUUUCGGGACAAUGGCCGCGAGCUGCUGCCCUUCACCAAGGUGCCCAGCAGGAUGUGCGCCACACGCAAUCGCAUUCUGAACACCACGGGACUGGAGGAAGUGCCGUGUUUUAUCGCAGGUGAUGAACGUGUGGAUGAGAACAUCGCUCUCACUUCAAUGCACACACUCUUCCUGCGAGAACACAACCGGCUCGCGCGUGCUCUGCGCCGACUCAACCCAAACUGGAGCAGUGAACAGCUUUAUCAGGAAGCUCGCAAAAUCGUGGGAGCCUACCAUCAGAACAUAGUGUUUAGGGAUUAUCUGCCACACAUCGUGGGAACAGACGCCAUGAGGAGGCAGCUCGGCAAAUAUCCCGGCUACGACCCCAACGUUGACCCGACCAUCGCCAACGUUUUCGCCACCGCUGCUUACCGUUUCGCCCACGCCACCAUCCAGCCCGUCAUCUUCCGUCUGGAUGAAAACUUCCAGGAAAAUCGACGGUUCCCCACCGUUCCUCUGUACGAGGCCUUCUUCACACCAUGGAGAAUUAUAUUUGAAGGUGGGAUUGAUCCUCAGAUUCGGGGGUUGAUUAGCCGGCCGGCUAAGCUGAACAGGCAGGAUGGUAUAAUGGUGAAUGCGAUAAGAGAAAGACUGUUCGCCUUCAACAGCAAAAUCUCCCAGGACCUGGGUUCCCUCAACCUGCAGAGAGGCCGAGACCACGCCCUGCCAGGCUAUAACGCAUGGCGGAGGUUUUGCGGCCUGUCUGCACCUGGGAAUGCUGCUGAAUUGGGGCGUGUGCUGAAUAACGCAACUCUGGCGCAAAGAAUCCUCCAACUCUAUGGCAGUCCCGAUAACAUCGACCUCUGGGUGGGCGGCAUUGCCGAACCGUUUGUCCCCGGAGGCCGGGUCGGACCGGUGUUCUCCUGUAUCAUUGCCACUCAGUUCCAGAGGAUCCGCCAAGGAGACAGGCUCUGGUGGGAGAACAUGGGUGUUUUCACCGCAGCACAGAAAGCCUCACUGUCUAGAGUGUCUCUAGCUAGCAUCAUCUGUGACAACACGGGCAUCAGCAGAGUUCCUAGGAACCCUUUCCUCUUUAGUCGCAACCAAGCAAACUUCGUCGACUGCAGAAGCAUCCAGGGGCUUGACCUGAAUGCUUGGAGGGAGUCAGGAGAUACUGCUAAGCCAGAUGACAGCUCCAGUGAAACGGCAUCUGAUGAAAACGAGAUUCCAAAAGAGAAGGAAUCCAAUGACCUCCAGGACCUAAUGGACCUGCUGGAUAAACAGGUCGGCCAGAAAUGAGAGGCCCGAGCAGUCCAUGUUGAACCCCCUUCCCACCUGGACCCCCUAGUCCCCCUGGAACCCCUGGUCCUUGCGGCAUCCUGGCUCCUGGACAGCUUGAUAUUUCACCAAAGCGCUAGCACAAUGAUAUACCACUCCUGAAGAUGGACGCCCACAUUAAACGCUCAAGUUCUGUUACGUAGCAAUCUUCCGGUCACUUUCAGGUUACAACCGUACAAUUUUAAUCUCCUCAAGCAUAGCUUCGUAUCAAUUAUUAUGAGUAACGAUAGCGACGGAAAAGGAUCAAAUACAUCCAGGGUUGAUCCACAUACACCUGUGUACACUCAAGGACCGCUUUUCACACACCGUUCACGAAUACAUCCCCCUUCCUUACUAUCCUCCCCAGUGCACUGGUUUCUACUUAUGUUACAAAUGAAAGGCUAAAUUUGCAUUUUGCUACUGUGAAGAAAAAUGUUUAAAGCUUCAUUCUAAAGAUAAUGGCUUUUAAUCGUUCUGCUGAGAAGCCCUUUUAAUACAAUGGUUUGUAGAGAAUAAAAAAAAAUCUGAUUUACCCCCAUAGGUAGUCAGUCAGUCUCUCGCUGGUUGCAUUAUUAACUAUGAAGCUAACAAGUAAUGAACGUCUAUCUCUAUAAACCCGCUUUCUUUUUCCAGCAGUACGUGCAUUAACGACUCUGUAAAAUAUCACAGUUUAGUUCGAGAGGAGAAAUGAUACCAAAUUCAAUUUGGGGGGAAAAAAAAGGGAUUCUAGUUGUCCAAGACGGCUGCCGUAAAUAAGUAUACGUGAAGUAGUAAUGUUUUGUUUAUGUUUGUAGAUGACACACUGUGACAGACUGUAAGUCAGAUCUUCAAGUCUGAUAUUUAGGGCGAGACGGACUUGCGAUAAUCAUUAGCCACGUCGUCUUAGUGGCAUCAGUGGAAGAUGCAAACGAAUCAGACACCAAAAAGUCUUGGCAGAACGACUACAUUUGCACUAAGAUGAACCACUGUGCAUAUUUAAAACCUUUCAAAACACUUUUUACAUACAUCGCAUAUUUUUCAUUACAUAUGCACAUUCUGCUUGCCUUCUUUUUUUUUUUCCUGCGACUGAUAUACGUUGUGUUGCGUUACCGUAUUAUUUUGCUUUAUCAACCAGUUAACCAAAUAAAAUGAUGCACCUCA